AUGUCCGCUUUUGACCUCUGGACCCACGAGUUCUGCCUCGGCUGCGACAAGCAGACCGACGGCACCGCCUACUGCUCCGAGUCCUGCCGCCUUGCCGACUUCGAGAAGACGUCGACGCCCAGCUCGGUCGCCAGCUCGCCUGGCCUCAACGGCCCCUCGUCCCCUUGGGGCUCGAGGCAACAGGCCAACAGCUUCUACCUCUCGCCCGCCUACGACUUCUCCAACGCCCAGCCGUACGGCAGCACGCCCGCCAGACAAUCCUACCUCUCCUCCCCGAGGACGUCGUCCACCCGCCGCGCACUGACUACCUCGAGCUCAAAUUCGAGCCUUUGCUCGAUGCAGAGCACCACCUCGUCCAACACGGACGCCAGCCACCUGUCGGAAAAGGCCAAGAGGGAACUCCAGGCCUAUGCCGUGUCGUUCGAGCAGGCCAGACUUCAGCGCCGGCGAUCCGCUUAA